AUGAUUACCUGGCGUUCGCUUGUCCGCAGCUUCCAACGGAACCACGCACCCAUCAGAUCUCAAGUACGGCAGCUGAGUCUGCUUGAACAUCAUUCAUACCACCUACUCAAAAAUUUCAAACUGCCAGUUCCACCGGGAUUCCUAGUAACAACCCCAGAGCAAGCCAAAGAUGUCGUCUCUGAGAUAAGCAAGUCCAUACACUCCCCCAAGUUUCCUAUUCUACCAAAACCUAACAUCCGAUCAGAUGGACCCUCGGUGAUAAAAGCCCAAGUCCUCGCAGGUGGACGCGGAAAAGGCAGAUUCAACAGCGAUGGCAAAAGCGGUGUUCGCAUUGUGGACUCACCAAGUGAAGCCUUUAAAAGCGCCACUAAAAUGCUCGGCUACUACCUAAAAACAGCGCAAAUUCCCCAUGACGGACUCCGCGUCGACAAGCUCUACGUCUACAAAGCCAUAUCUAUCGCACAGGAAUUCUACCUGGCAAUGGCAUUUGACCGGGCGCGCAUCUCACCCGUACUGCUCAUCUCCUCAUCGGGUGGAACAAACAUCGAAUCGAAUGUCGAUAAACUCCACAAACUCUGGUUUGGACUCUCGACAGGCAUAACCGACGAAAUUGACGCGUAUAUCCAAGCCGAGCUUGGAUUCUCAGAUUCCGAGAUGAAGGAUAUACACCGGAUCCUUGUUCAGAUGGUGAAAUUAUUCAAGGAGAAAGAUGCAACGCUGGUUGAGUUGAAUCCACUCGUUCGCACGAAUGAGGGAGAGUUUGUUUGUCUGGAUGCCAAGUUUGGGUUUGAUAACGCGGCGCGGUAUAGACAGAAGGAGAUCUUUGCAUUAGAGGAACGAUCGCCCGAGGAAGAGGAGGAGUAUCAGCUAGGAAAAUUGGGACUUUCUUAUGUGCGGCUUGAGGGGAAUAUUGGGAAUAUUGUUAAUGGGGCUGGGUUGGCGAUGGCGACUAAUGAUCUUAUCAGUUUGUAUGGAGGUGAAUGUGCUAAUUUUUUGGAUGUUGGAGGUGGGGCUACGAAGGAGACUCUGUCAAGGGCUUUUGAGAUCUUGAAGAAGGAUCAGAGGGUUAAGGGGAUUUUGAUUAAUAUUUAUGGUGGAAUCGUGCGAUGUGAUAUGAUUGCCGAGGCGAUUGUUUCCGCUGCUGCUGAGAUGGGUGGUUUCAAAUGUCCGGUUGUGGUUCGGUUGCAGGGUACUAAUUCUGAAAAGCGGUUGAAGCUGGUCGAACACUCUGGUUUGGAUAACUUGGUUGUAGAAGCCGAAUUUGAGAAAGCUGCUCAGAUGAUUGUAAAGAAAACACCUGGGGUUGAAUUUUGA